AUGGUAAAAGGCUUUUCGUUCAGUGUAGUAUUUUCAUUAAUUUCAUCGCUUCUUUUCUGUUUUUCUUUCUUUUCGUUUUCUUUCUUUUCUCUCUUUUUUCAUCGCUUAUUCCCUCUUAUUCUCUUUUUAUUUCAGAUAUUUCUUCUCUUCUUCCUUUUUUCUCUCUUUCUUUCCAUAAUUCUUCUGUUUGUUCUUCGUUUUUUUUUCAUUCUAUCUUUUUUUCAUCUUUUGUUCUGUUCCUUCUUCCACUCUUUUAGUUUCAAACUAUUUCCUCUUUUUAUUCCUUCUUUCUUUUUUCUUUUCUCAAUGUUCUUUUUUUUACUUUUUUCCUUCUUCUUCCCUAUUUCUUCCCCUCUUUCUUUAAUUCUUUCUUUCUUUCCUUCUUUCUUUCUUUCUUUAUUUCUUUCUUUCUUUUUUCUUCAUCGCUUAUUCACUCUUCCUCUCUUUUCCUUUCAAAUAUUUCAUUGCUUAUUUUUUUCUUUUUAUUCUUCCUCUUUUGAAAUUUUCCUUAGCUUUCCUUUUUUUCUGCCUUUCUUUCUUUCUUUCUUUCUUUCUUCAUCGCUUACUCCUUCUUUUUGUUUUCGUUUUAAAUUAUUUCACUCCUAUUUUUUUCCUUUUCAUUCUUCCUCUUUUGAAUUUUUCUCUUCGUUUUUCUUCUUUCUUUCUUUCUUUCUUUCUUUAUCGCUUAUUCCCUCUUCUUCUUUUUUUGUACUGUCACUCUUUUCCUUCUUCUUUUUACCUCUUUCUUUCUUUGCUUAUAGGGUCAUAUCACACUAA